AGGAAUGCAGCUGCUGUUCUCCUCCUUCUUAUCGCCUGUGUGCACUGAGGAGAUAAGCACACCAUACAAAGACCAAACAUGAAUUCCAUCCCUGAGAUGACGCAAUAUAUCACUAACUUCAGCCUAGAUGAUUGUCAGACUGGUAAUAAGGGUUUCACCCGUGUUCUCCUCCAGCUCUUCGGAUUUCUAGGACAUGGGAAGUCAUUGUUCAUCAACUCCUGCAAGUAUGUCCUAGAAGACAAAGAGUUCCAGACUUACGCCAAUGUGGCUAGGACAGACAGAGGUAACACCACAGAGAGGAUCACUUAUCCACUGUCAGAGACACUGACACUAGUGGACAACCGAGGCUUCUCCGUCAUGAACAACUAUGAACUGGGAGAAGUAUAUGCACAGCUAGGAAUAUUUCCAAUGGUCGUUCUCACCCAUAAGACACAUGAGAAUUACAGGAAUGUGAAGGACAGGUUUGAGAACAUGGACGUGGAACAGAUUUUUCCAGUUGAAAAUUUUACCCCAGAAGAUCAUUUGAAGACCAGUGGAAAACAAGGGAAUAUUCUGAAGUUUUUCAUUGAAGUGAUUAAAGACGUUACAUUCCGAGUGGAGCGAAUCGACAAUCCGGAGUCAGAAAGACAGAAACGGAAGGAAUUUGUGCUUAAAUACGUAUAUGACAGAGAAUUGCAAAAGCAAAGGGAGGAGCCUGACAGGCAAAGGGAGGAGGCUAUCAGGAAAAGGGAGAAGGCUGACAGGCAAAGGGAAGAGGCUGACAGGAAAAGGGAGGAGGCUGACAGGAAAAGGGAGGAGGCUGACAGGCAAAGGAAAGAGGCUGACACGAAAAGGGAAAUGGAGGAGGCUGACAGGCAAAGGGAAGAGGCUGACAGGAAAAGGGAGAAGGCUGACAGGCAAAGGGAAGAGGCUGACAGGAAAAGGGAGGAGGCUGACAGGCAAAGGGAAGAGGCUAAAAGACCUAUAAGAAACAAGUUCCUGUGAAAGAAGAAGGAGGUUGUGUUACAAUGUAAUGUAGAUUUCACUCACACAAUUUGUUUUUAAGCUCUGAAACCAUCAUACAGUAUUUACAGUGAUUUAUUUGCAGGUUGUGAUAAAUUAAACCUACUGUUAGCAUUUAUUAUUAACUGAAUAUUAAAUUGUAAUUAGUUUGACUAUGUAAUAAAUGAUAAAUAGCUUUUUGAGAAACAUAGAAUUUGACGGCAGAUAAGAACCAUGGCCCAUGUAGUCUGCCCCUUUUUUUUUUUUUACCAUAUUUUAUCUUAAACUUUAUUUGAUCCUUAUUUCUGUGUAAGGAUAUCCUUAUGUCUAUCCCAUGCCUGUUUACAUUGCUCUGCCGUCUUAGCCUCUACCACCUCCGAUGGGAGGCUAUUCCACUUGUCUACUACCCUAUCUGUGAAGUAAUUUUUCCUCAAAUUUCCCCUGAACCUCCCCCCCUCCAGCCUCAGUGCAUGUCCUUGUGACCUUUUGCUUCUCUUCAUUUGGAGAUGUUUCCCUCAUUGGACUUUGUUAAAACCCUUGAUAUAUUUGAAAGCUUCUAUCAUGUCCCCCCUUUCCCUUCUCUGCUCCAAACUAUACAUAUUGAGAUUUCUUAGUCUUUCUGGGUAUGUUUUGUGAUGUAGGCCAUGCACCAUUUUAGUAGACCUUCUUUGUACCGUCUCAAAUGUAUUAAUAUCCUUUUGAAGAUAUGACCUCCAGAACUGGACACAGUAUUCUAGAUGAAGCCAUACCAAUGACUUAUACAUCGGCAUUAUUACUUCUUUCUUUCUGCUGCUGAUUCCUCUCCCAAUGCAGCCAAGCAUCUGACUAGCCUUCCUCAUUGCUUUGUUCCAUUGCUUACCUGCCUUUAAGUCACCUGAAAUAGUGACUCCUAGAUCCCUUUCCUCCUCAGUAGUUUCCAGUAUAGUGCCAUUAAUACUAUAUUUAGCCUUUGGAUUUUUUGACCCAAGUGCAUGAUUUUGCAUUUUUUGAUAUUAAACUGUAAUUACCACACUCCUGAUCAUUCCACUAGUCUACCUAGAUCCUCCAUCAUUUGUUUUACCCCACCUGGUGUGUCUACCCUGUUGCAUACCUUUGUGUCAUCUGCAAAAAUGCAUACUUUCCCUUUAAUGCCAUUAGCAAUGUCACCAAUAAAGAUAUUAAAAAGCAAUGGUACAAGUACAGAUCCCUGGGAUACUCCACUGGUACCACUGGUAACAUUUCCUUCCUGUGAAUGCACUCCAUUUACCACAACUCUCUAUUUUCUAUCCUGCAACCAAGAUUGUAUACAUGUAAUAAUCCUAGUAUCCAAUCCCAAGCUUUCAAGUUUAUUUAGCAGUUGCGAUGUGGAACAGUGUCAAAAGCCUUACUAAAAUCUAGAUAAGCUAUACCCACGGCUCCACCUUUAUCCAUCACUUUAGUCACACAGUCAAAAAAGUCAAUACGAUUUGUUUGACAUGAUCUCCCCCAGUGAAUCCAUGCUGUUUGGGAUCCUGCAAAUUGCUGGAUUUGAGAUAGUCUACAACUCUUUCAUUUAAGGGUGUUUCCAUCAAUUUCCCUACUACUAAUGCAAGACUCACUGGUCUGUAGUUGUUUGCCUCUUCCUUGCUUCCACUUUUGUGCAGUGGGACUAUGUUUGCUCUUUUCCAGUCCUCUGGAAUUACUCCUGUAGCUAAUGACUGGUUGAAUAAUUCUGUCAAUGGUGCUACCAGCACCUCUUUAAGUUAUUUUUGUAUCAUUGGAUGUAUCUCAUCUGGCCCCAUAGAUUUGUCCACUUUCAGCUUUGAGAGUUCUGUCAGGACUUCUCCUCUGUAAAUGUACUUGUUUUAUUUUCCUGAAUAUCCCUGCAACUUAACUGUGGCCCCUUCCCCUCUCUUUCAGUAGUGAAUACUGAGCAAAAAUUAUUAUAAAGAUGAUCUGCUAUUACAUUGUCUCCCUCAACAGGACUCCCACUCUCUGUCUUUAGUUUUAUUAAUCACCUUUUUGUUUUUCGCUUAUAUACCUAAAAAAAAGUUUUGCCUCCUUUACACACUGACUGGGCCAUUUUCUCCUGAGCUUGUGUCUUUGCAUAUCUGAGUACCUUCUUAGGGGGUCAUUCCGAGUUGUUCGCUCACUGGUAUU